GCUCUACCCCAUUUUCACGUUUUUUGGGGGCCCCUCGCCUUUUUAAUUUAAUAUAAACAGCUUCAUAGAGAAGGGGGGGAAGACGAACAAUUCACAUCGACUCUCACUCACAGAUUUCGAAUCACACACCACAACACUACACACACGGGAUACACACGAAAAAUGGAGUAAUCGAGAAAUGGAGGGAGUUUGAGAGAGAUUGAGCGAGAAAGGAACUAAGGGACGAGGGAGAGUGAGAGAAACAAAGAGGAAAAGAGAGAUCGGGAUUGAAAGAGGAAAUCGGCGAGAAGGACAGUGAAACCGGUGAGAAUCCGGCUGGUUUUCGAGUUUUGUCAGGCGAAAUUUUUGCCGGAAUCGGCUCCCGCUCGUCGAAUUGACCCACCCUGUCCCGAAAUCCCCAAAAAAUCUCUUCGUUUUUCUUGAUUUAUGGUUCUUGAGUUGAUUAGCUGAUUUGGCUUAAUUUUUAAAGUUUGAAACUUCUUAUUUUUCGGGGAAAAAUUGGAUUGUUUGUGUUGGUUUUGAUUUGGGGUUUUUAAGGAGAUGAUGUUUUGGAGGGAAAGGGAAAGGGAGAGUAAAGACCAGAAUGGUGGACCACCUUGUGGACAAGUUAGAGUGCUUGUUGUUGGAGAUUCAGGUGUGGGAAAGACUUCUCUUGUUCAUCUGAUUCUCAAUGGUUCUUCCACGCCUCACCCUCCUCAAACAAUUGGCUGUACAGUCGGAGUAAAACACACUACUUAUGGAAAUUCUGGUAGCUCCUCAACUAGCAUAAAAGGCGAUGCCGAGAGAGAUUUUUUUAUUGAACUCUGGGAUAUAUCAGGACAUGAUCGUUACAAAGAAUGUCGAUCUCUGUUCUACUCGCAAAUUAAUGGUGUUAUCUUUGUAUAUGAUCUAUCUCAAAGAAGGACAAAGACAAGCUUGCAGAAGUGGGCUGUAGAGAUAGCAACAGCAGGGACAUUCUCGGCUCCUCUAGCUUCAGGUGGUCCUGGCGGUCUCCCUGUUCCUUACAUUGUCAUUGGCAAUAAAGCAGAUAUCGCUGCAAAAGAGGGUAUUAGAGGAAGCAGUGGCAAUCUUGUUGAUAUGGCUCGACAGUGGGUUGAGAAGCAAGGUCUACUUCCUUCUAGCGAAGAGAUCCCCUUGACCGAGAGUUUUCCUGGUGGUGGAGGUCUUAUUGCGGCCGCUAAGGGAGCAAGAUAUGACAAAGAAGCUGUCAUGAAGUUUUUCCGCAUGUUAAUCAGGAGGAGAUACUUCUCAGAUGAUCUACCUGGUAAUCAUUGGUCUUCCCCAGUUCAAAAACCACUGCAGGGAUCGAGCGAAAUUUCAAAUGAUGAUGAUCACUUGUACAAAAGUAAAAGUUCAAGUUAUAUCGGUGAAUCUUACAAGUACAACACACUCCCUCCUUUACCAGCUCAACGCAAUCUCACACCGCCUCCCACUCUUUACCCACAGCAACCCAUGUCUACACCUGAAAACUAUAGCAUCCCCAGAUUUGCCAGCACACAAGACAUCAACACUGCCAGAUACAAGCGCUCAGAUAUUAACGUCUGAUUAUCUUUCUUAUUUUUCUCUUUUUUUCUUCAUGUAAUGGUACACAUUUUCAGGUCCUAAUCUGUGAAAAGCUUGUCUUAUAAAAUGUUUCUAACUCAUUCUUUUUGACUCAUUGUGGGAUUGUUGAAAUUGUAGGGUAAAGUUGAAAAGGCUCAUCAUAUAAAGAUCUUUGCUAUAGUGUGCACCUUUUUUUUUCCCUUUGUUUUGUAUCGGAAAAGGGUGUAUAAGUUUAUUUAAAUUUGCUAUGACAGUGUUCCACUCUCCA